AUGGAGUCAUGCCAGAAGGACUCACCAGAUGUCGGUGCCUGCGACAGGUCAAUUCUAUCCUCUGCAAAUGCACCUCCAAAACGGGGAACCGUUUCUGCGCCUGAAGAAACACAAAAAUGUCAUCAUCACUCCUCCAAGGAUGAGCGAUGCAUGCGAGUUGUGCUCGAUGACGAAUCACCCGCUCGUGUUCGAAUGGUCAGAGAUACCCCGCUUGCCAGUGACACUGGUCUACCUUUCGCCGAAAUUUCAUGGACAGGGAAUCAUGAGCGACGCGGUCAAUACACUGCUGCACGACUGGGCAAUACCAAGGAUGGGUCCAACCCAAACCGACGUCAGGAUGCCCCCAAGAGGAAGCGGCAGUCUCGAUUUCACUCCAAUUCUAACCCAUUAUCUGUUUCUAUUCACAUCAAUUUUAGCAGUUAUGGAGGUGUCGGAAGACUAUGGUUUGCUAUUUUCUUGGAACUGGCCCUCAUUCUAGGGGUGCUAUACACUCUCGCAACCGACUCGAUAGACCUCAACCGCCUAACAAUAUCAGUGUUUGGCGGGAUUGCUAUCGUUUUAACCGUCCAGGGAAUCGAUGAAGGCAUCUACAGUGGAGUAGCCGCUCGCAACGCCAUGGGUGCGGGCUACUUCAUCCUCACGAUCGUCAACAUCCUCUGGGUCCUGUACUUCACCGCGGAAGCGGAUUCGCUCACGCUGCACGUCUUCAACUCACUCGGAACGGGUGGUCUCUCGGGUCCAAAUCGUCGACGAAGGACGCGCACGCAAUCCGUUAUGAAUAUGCCGACCACCAACGGCGGAUAUGCAGGCAGUUAUGCAGGCGGUGGGAUCAGCUCUGGGGACCCGUACGAUUCCAAAUUGGGAGGGAUGGGUUAUGGCAAUGGAGGUCCGGGAAUGCGCAGUCAGAACAGCUUCCCGAGUAUGCGGGACGGCGGUGCACACAGUAUCAGUGGGAAUACCGGAGCUGGGAGCAUUCACAACGCUCCAAGCGGCGGAUCUAUUAAUGGCGGCGACAAUGGUCCCAGUUCGCCGCUCAUGGCAGGCGUUGGAGCCGGUGGGACGUCUCCUCAAGAUGCUCCUGGUGCUUCAGACACCUAUCCCUAUAAAGCCAAGGCCUUGUAUGCUUAUUCUGCCAACCCUGAAGAUGCCAAUGAAAUCUCAUUCGCCAAAGGCGAAAUUCUCGACAUCCUGGACAAGCAAGGCAAAUGGUGGCAGGCACGGAAAUCUGAUGGAACAGUUGGAAUUGCGCCAUCGAACUAUCUGCAACUUAUUUAA